CUACCAAAGCCAUCGAACACAGAAGAAAAGAGGAGAAAAACAAUGGAAGGCAGCCAAAGCAAAGCCAACAUCAUCGGCCGCCUGCAAAUCAUAAAGCAAAAUUCAGGAAAAAGCUACAAUCAAAUAGCAGAAGAAACCGGCUUAACUAACGUCUACGUGGCUCAACUCCUCAAACGCCAGGCUCAGCUCAAGCCGGAAACCGCGCCUAAGCUAAGGGCAGCCUUGCCGGACUUGCCCCAGGAGCUUCUCCAUGAGAUGAUGAAACCACCAUUGCGGUCCUAUGAUCCUAACCUUAUCCAAGAACCCACUGUUUACAGGCUGAAUGAGGCGGUGAUGCAUUUUGGUGAGAGCAUAAAGGAGAUUAUUAAUGAAGAAUUUGGUGAUGGGAUCAUGUCGGCUAUAGAUUUCUACUGCUCUGUCGACAAAGUUUCAGGCGUGGACGGGAGAGAACGUGUUGUCGUUACGUUCGAUGGGAAGUACUUACCAUACUCUGAGCAGAAAUCCGAGCAUAUGGCUUCAAGAUUAAAGCAGCAAUGAAGCUGAUGAACAGUUUAACGAUGGUGUGAUGUGGAACAUGGAGAUUCUUGUUGAAUGGUAAACCAAUAAACCUUUGUAUGUAUACUCGUAUACUACGUUAUUCGAACUAUUUUGUAAUCAUGCCCAUCACAUAUUGCGGUAUGUAUUCGACAUUAAUCUCGAAGUCCGAAUAAAAAAUAUUAUCAUUGGUGGUAUUGAA